CAACGAAACAACGACUAAGGAAUCAUUUUCGGCCCACGCCACCAGCCCUCUUCUCUCUUUCCCUUGCGCUUGCGCACUACAAAAUGAACCCAACCCAACCCCACCUCGCCUCGCACCGACCGACCCGACCUCACCUCACCCCUAUCGCAUAAAUUAUAAAUCUCAUCGACCCAUCUGCAAACCCUAACGGAGCUAUUCUCUCUAUCUAACUAAAACGCAAAUCCGCAACAAAAAUUUCUCUGCUUUUUCUUAUUAUUAUCACUUUCGCGAUCGCUCCUUUUCUUUUCUUGUGUGUUCUACUCGUUCAUUGCACUAUAUGCUUCCUAGCAAGAGAGCUGGUGGAGGAGAGGUUGUUUUAGAAGAAGAAAAACCAAUCCACAACGCCACCACCACCACCGAUCCUCUUCCUAAAAAGCCUCGUAUCAUUUCCGAUUCCGAUUCCGAUUUCUCGGCCACCGCCACCACAACCGCAACCACGGGAAACGCUAAGAGUACCUCCGCUUUUAACAACAAUAGCACCAACACCAACAGUAACACUGAAAAGGUUGCUGAAUCGCCAGCCAUGACUCUAGCUAAUGGAAAAUCGCAGGACAUUGAUGAAGAUCUCCACAGCCGUCAGCUUGCCGUGUACGGACGCGAGACCAUGCGAAAACUCUUUGCUUCCAAUAUCCUCAUUUCAGGAAUUCAAGGCCUCGGCGCCGAGAUUGCAAAGAAUCUGAUUCUUGCUGGGGUUAAGUCGGUGACAUUACACGAUGAGGGAGAUGUUGAGCUGUGGGAUUUGUCUAGCAACUUUGUGUUUACCGAAGAUGAUAUAGGGAAGAAUCGAGCCCUUGCUGCAGUUCAUAAGUUGCAAGAACUGAAUAACUCUGUUGUGAUUUCAACUUCAACUUCUCAAUUGACUAAAGAACAGCUUUCUGACUUUCAGGCUGUAGUAUUUACUGACAUCAGCUUAGAGAAAGCAGUUGAAUUUGAUGAUUACUGCCACAAUCAUCAGCCUCCAAUUGCCUUUAUCAAAUCUGAAGUGCGGGGCCUUUUUGGUAGUAUAUUUUGUGACUUUGGCCCGGACUUUACUGUGCUUGAUGCUGAUGGCGAGGACCCGCAUACUGGCAUAAUUGCAUCCAUCAGCAAUGACAAUCCUGCUCUUGUGGCUUGUGUUGAUGACGAGAGGCUUGAGUUUCAGGAUGGGGAUUUGGUUGUCUUCUCUGAAGUUCAGGGAAUGCCAGAACUGAAUGAUGGAAAGCCAAGAAAGGUUAAGAAUUCAAGACCCUAUUCGUUCCAAAUCGAUGAAGACACUACAAAUCAUGGUGCGUAUGUGAGAGGUGGUAUUGUGACACAAGUCAAGGAACCUAAGGUGCUGAACUUUAAGCCAUUGUGCGAGGCGCUAAAGGAUCCAGGGGAUUUUCUUCUUAGUGACUUCUCCAAGUUUGAUCGUCCACCACUCUUACACUUGGCAUUUCAGGCACUGGAUAAAUUUAUUUUAGAAUUGGGACGCUAUCCCAUUGCUGGAUCAGAUGAGGAUGCUCAAAAACUAAUUUCCUUCGUCGCCAGCAUUAAUGACAGCUCAGCAGAUGGGAGGCUUGAAGAGAUCGAUCAAAAACUUCUUCGCCAUUUUGCAUUUGGUGCUAGGGCUGUGCUGAAUCCCAUGGCAGCUAUGUUUGGUGGUAUUGUUGGACAGGAAGUUGUGAAGGCCUGCUCUGGGAAGUUCCAUCCUCUUUUCCAGUUUUUCUACUUUGACUCAGUUGAAUCUCUUCCAUCAGAACCUUUGGAUCAUGAUGAUUUUAGGCCAUUGAAUAGCCGCUAUGAUGCACAAAUUUCAGUCUUUGGAUCUAAGCUUCAGAAAAAACUGGAAGAUGCUAACAUUUUUAUGGUAGGAUCUGGUGCCCUUGGAUGUGAGUUCUUGAAGAAUUUGGCUCUGAUGGGUGUCUCUUGUGGCGAGAAAGGAAAGCUGACAAUUACAGAUGACGAUGUUAUUGAAAAGAGUAACCUUAGCAGGCAGUUUCUCUUCAGGGACUGGAACAUUGGGCAGGCUAAAUCAAUGGUUGCUGCUUCAGCCGCUGCUUUGAUUAAUCCUCAUUUUAACAUUGAAGCACUGCAGAACCGUGCUAGCCCUGAGACUGAGAAUGUGUUUGAUGAUGCGUUUUGGGAGAAUCUGAAUGUUGUUGUAAAUGCUCUGGAUAAUGUCAAUGCUAGGCUUUACAUUGAUGCAAGAUGCUUAUAUUUCCAGAAGCCCCUUCUAGAGUCGGGGACCUUAGGUGCCAAAUGUAACACUCAGAUGGUCAUUCCUCACCUGACUGAAAAUUAUGGUGCGUCACGAGAUCCACCUGAAAAGCAAGCACCUAUGUGCACAGUUCGCUCUUUCCCGCACAAUAUAGAUCACUGCUUGACAUGGGCUCGAUCAGAGUUUGAGGGUUUGCUUGAGAAGACACCCGGUGAAGUUAAUGCCUAUCUAAACAAUCCAAGGGAAUACAUGACUGCAAUGAAAAAUGCUGGUGAUGCUCAGGCAAAAGACAACUUGGAACGUGUUUUGGAGUGCCUUGACAAGGAGAGAUGUGUAGCAUUUGAAGACUGCAUCACCUGGACUCGUCUUAAAUUUGAAGACUAUUUUGUUAACCGAGUGAAGCAGUUGACAUUUACUUUCCCUGAGGAUGCAUUAACGAGUAGUGGAACACCAUUUUGGUCUGCUCCAAAGCGUUUCCCCCGCCCUUUGCAAUUUUCAGCAGAUGAUCUCAGUCACCUCCAAUUCAUUAUGGCCGCAUCCAUCCUUCGUGCAGAAACAUUUGGCAUUCCCAUUCCUGAUUGGGUUAAGGUUCCUAAGAAGUUGGCUGAUGCUAUUAGUAAUGUGAUUGUCCCUGAUUUUCAACCGCAGGAGAAUGUGAAGAUUGAGACUGAUGAGAAAGCCACAAGCCUCCCUGCUUCAUCGAUUGAUGAUGCUGCAGUAAUUGAUGAGCUGAUCAUGAAAUUAGAGAAAUGCCAUCAGCAGUUAUUGCCUGGUUUCAGGAUGAAUCCAAUUCAGUUUGAGAAGGAUGAUGACACAAACUAUCAUAUGGACUUAAUAGCUGGCCUUGCGAAUAUGAGGGCAAGAAAUUAUGGCAUCCCUGAAGUUGAUAAGCUUAAGGCUAAAUUCAUAGCUGGACGGAUCAUCCCAGCAAUUGCAACCUCUACUGCCAUGGCAACUGGUCUUGUUUGCUUGGAGCUGUACAAGGUUUUAGAUGGAGGACACAAGGUGGAGGAUUACAGAAAUAGCUUUGCCAACUUGGCUCUCCCAUUGUUCUCGAUGGCAGAGCCAGUCCCACCGAAGGUGAUCAAGCAUCAAGACAUGAGCUGGACGGUGUGGGAUAGGUGGAUUUUAAGAAACAAUCCGACAUUAAGAGAGCUUCUUGAAUGGCUGCAGCACAAGGGCUUAAAUGCAUACAGCAUCUCUUAUGGCAGUUGUUUGCUCUUCAACAGCAUGUUCCCGAGGCACAGAGAUCGCAUGGACAAGAAGUUGGUUGACCUGGCAAGGGAAGUAGGCAAGGCAGAAUUGCCUGCUUAUAGACGACAUUUUGAUGUGGUGGUUGCUUGUGAGGAUGAUGAAGACAAGGAUAUUGAUAUCCCACAAAUUUCCAUUUAUUUCAAGUAGGUUUAGUCUCUUGAGCACUGGCAUUUGAUGUUAGGAUGAGAUGAGCGCUAUAGCUUAGCUUAAAAUGUCUUUAGUUACGAAUUAUAGUUGAUAUGAUCAUAUUUGUGAUCAUGACUAUUUUAAAUAUUAAUUACAAGCUGUACUAGUUUAAUACUUA